GCCGGACGUGUUUUAGUGUGGGACCUCAGGCACUUUGUUUACUUGGUUCCGUUAGUCUGUGUUGACAGUGACGCGGUCUUUGCUCAGUCUCGGUGUGUUGGACCGUCACGUCGUGUGUCUGUCACCUUCACCUGUUUGGACUCAAAGUGUUUCGUUGUUCGGAGAUUAAAACGAUUCGAAUCAUCACGAGAGUUAAAAACAAACAUGUCGGCAGAGCAGCAGAUGUUCUUCCCGCCUUCCUCUCCUCUGAGCAGCCCGCAGGCAGAGAUGGAGACCCUGAGGAUGUUCGUCAGCGAGCGGCUGACGGCGGCGGUGGACGACAUCCUGGGGGUGUUCGUGAAGACCGUGACCCGGUACCGGGACCACAUAGACCGGCAGCAGCGACAGCUGGACAGCCUGAAGUCAGAGGAGGGCCGGUGGAUCCAGACAGCAGACCCUCUGCAGGCGUCCUCCUGGAUAAAAACGUGUCCUGAUGACCAGACGCAGACUCUGACCGUCCACACAGACGGUCCGGGUGAGAUGGACGCCGGCACCUUGGCAGCUCAGAUUAAAACCGAAGUCGGUGCCGGAGACGAGUCCGAACUGAGCGGUGACUUUGAUCCAGCCACCGGUUUAGACGGAGGGAGUGACGGACACCUGCUGGCUGAACACUCGGAGACGGAGGACAGCGGAGACUACUGGAGAGAGGAUGCAGGUCUUUGGAGACCAGAGGAGACAGAAGAAGCUGAAGGACAGAGUUCAUCUCUGAUGGCGAAGGAUUCAACUGAUCUGUCGCAUCAGCCGGCGCCGCUGUUCACCUGUAAAGUUUGCGGUGAGUCCUUCCACAGGAUCAGCUUCCUGCUCACGCACUCUGCGGCACAUCUGAGAGUCUGCGGCCUGUGUGGGAAACAUCUGGAGCCGAGCGAGAACCUGAAGCUUCACCUCCGAGUCCACAGGGAGGCGAUGUUCCGCUGUGGCGUGUGCGGUCAGAGCUUCACGCUGCGGGGGAACCUGCGGACGCACAUGAGGAUCCACUCGGGCGAGCGACCGUACGGCUGCACUGUCUGCGGGAAAAGCUUCGGCAGGAGGGCGACGCUGGUGCGACACGUCCGCAGCCACACGGGCGAGAAGCCGUUCGUCUGCACGUACUGCGGUCACGGCUUCGUGGAGAAAGGAAACCUGACGGUGCACCUGCGGACGCACACCGGGGAGAAACCGUACUGGUGCUCCGCCUGCAACAGGCGCUUCAGUCAGCUGUCCUGCUUCUACAAACACCCCUGUCAGAGGAGAGGCCUGAAUACUGACUGCCCCAAAACAUGGAAGAAGCCGCUGAUGAAACUCGAAGAAGAAGAAGAAAGUUGCACUUCCUCUUUUCUCUCUUAUAAAACGUGUGAAACAGAAGUGAUGAGACUUCUGCUGCUGCUGCUGCUGCUGCUGUCGUGUGGAGUCGCAGCUGCAGUGAAACACUCUCUGAGGCACGUCCACACUGGAUCCUCUGAGAUCCCAAAUGUCCCCGACACUGUGGCUGUCGUGUUUGUUGAUGGAUAUCAGACAAACCACUACGACAGCAUCACCAAGAGGAUGGUACCCAAACAGCCCUGGAUGAGCCGAGUCUCAGAGGACGAUCCAGACUACUGGGAGAGAGAAAGUUUGUUCUGGAGAUAUCAGGAGCAGCGUGCAAGAUUGCACAUUGAGUUUUAUAAGGAGCGCUUCAAUCAGUCUGGAGGUAUCCAUGUCCUCCAGGUGUCUCAUGGCUGUGAAUGGGAUGAUGAGACUGGAGAAGUUAAUGGUUUUGAUGUAGUCAGUUAUGAUGGAGAAGAUGUCUUAAUAUUGGAUGUGAAGGCACAGAGAUGGAUCGCUAUGAAACCACAGGCACUAAGUUACCAGCUCAGGUAUAACAAGGACAAAGGUUGGCUGCAGUUCAUGGAUCACCGGUUGCUGAAGGAGUGUCCCGAGAGCCUGAAGAGGAGUUUGGACUACGGGAAGAGCACGCUGCAGAGAACAGAGCUUCCCUCGGUGUUUCUCCUGCAGAAGACUCCCUCGUCUCCAGUCAGCUGCCUUGCCACAGGUUUCUACCCUCACAGAGCCGCCAUCUUCUGGAGGAAAGAUGGAGAGGAGGUCCACGAGCAGGUGGACCACGAUGAGCUCCUGAACAACCAUGAUGGAACCUUCCAGAUGAGUGUGGACCUGAACGUGUCACUGAUCAAAGCUGACGACUGGAGGAGGUACCACUGUGUUUUCCAGCUCUCAGGUGUUGAGGUCAUCGUCACCGAGCUGGACCCAGCACGGAUCAGGACUAACUGGGUUGAGGAGUCGUCAUCACUCCUCAUCACUGUGGCUGCAGUGAUCAUCGUCCUCACAGCGUUCAUCAUCGUCCUCACAGUUUACAGAAGGAGAAAAGGGGGCGGUAGAGUCUCCGCCGUUACCGGCGAAAACCCGCGCAUGCGCACAGACGCUGACCCGGAAGUUUCUCGGUUUUUCUCUCAGACUGCCGUUAAAAUGUCUAAAAUCGAGAUGCUGCGGCUGCUCAUCAACCAGCGGCUCACCGAGGCCGCCGAGGAGAUCUUCGGGGUGUUCGGGAGAACUAUAGCCGAGUACGAGGAGGAGAUCUCCCGCUCCAAGCUGGAGAUCGACCGCCAGCGCCGGCUGCUGGACCUCUCCAGGAAGCCGCAGGUCUCCGUGCAGGUCAACAGCUCAGGCGUGUCUGAGCAGCAGGACUGGAGCUCCAGUUUGGACCUGAGCGAGAUCAAGUCUCCUCACAUCAAGGUGGAGGAGGAGGAGGAGGAGCUGUGGCCUCCUCAGCAGGAGGAGACGUCGGAGCAGAACAGCGUGAAGUUCCUGUUGUUCCAGAGCGCCGGUGUGAGAAGCAAGCGGGAUAACGACCACGUGACCUCGGAGGACUCGGAGCUGGACCAGCAGCCCGGAACCUCGGUCCAGCAGUCCUGCUCAGACCUGGACGAGGACGCACCUGAAGCUUCGGAUCCAGCUUCAGGUAACGGCCAGCUCGACUGUGUGGACCUGGAGGUGCCGCUGUCCGAGGUGGUGGACUCGUACAUCUGCACCAUUUGCGGCCGUGCGUUCGCUCAGCGGGGCCACUGGGCCAAACACGUCCAGGUCCACCGCAAGGUCGAGACCAAAGUGGACAAGUCGUACACGUGUGACAUCUGCGGGAAGAGACUGACGCGGUUCGACGGUUAUCAGAAACACUUGAGGAUUCACACGGGUGAGAAACCGUACAGCUGCGACGAGUGCGGCCGCAGAUUCAGCGACAACUCCAACUACAAGCGACACAUUCGAACACACAUGGGACAUAAAACACAGCAGAGCUGAGGCUGCGGCCGACACCACACGGAGAGCUGCAACUAAAGAUUAAUUAUCCAUUCAUCGAUUAGUCGUUUGGUCAGUAACAUGUCGAUGACGCCCACAGAUCCAAAGAUGUUCAGUUUAACGUCACCGAGGACAGAAAGGUUUCAGCGCUGCAGUCAAAACGAUCCAUCGAUCACCAGAAUCGUUUGUGAUGAAUCGAUCAGUGGCUGCAGCUCAGGUCCAGUAGACGUGUUGGCUCUGACGUGUCCAUACGUCCUCAUCCUUCACAGAGGUGAUGACUUUAUUUAUUUUAGUGUUUGUGUGUGUCGCCUGUUUGAAUUCACUACAAACUAGAAUACAUUCAGUAUUUUAUCAUCAUGAAAGAUUUCCAGGUGUUACUUUUAGUUUCUGUUUUUCUCGAGUCGGAGGAGAAAGUGUGGAGGAAGAGAACCGGCCGUCUCAUCGUUCUGUCCAAGAUAAUUUAAAAGCUUUUUUUUCCUUUGUCAACGUUUCACUGAGGACGAUAAACAGACGAAGAAGAGACAUAUUGUAUUUUUCUAUAUUCUAUAUUUUGCCAGACGUUUGUACACUGUGGGACGAGGCCGUGGCUUCUCUGUGAAGACCUUUUUAUCCGUCGUGUUGCUGAUGGCGGUCAGACGUCUGUAAAUGUGAUGAAAUCACCUCUGGACAGAAACGUGUAGUUUCUUCUGGCUGUCAGAUAAUCAGUGAAACAGCUUUAAUGAGACUUUUCGACUUUUACUGACGUAAUAAAAUCACACCAUAGAAAACUGA